UGCGGAAAAGUAGAUACGGCUAUCCAAUGUGGCAAAUUAUGUUUACUCAUAUCAAGGAGGCCUUGCCCCUUAGGAAAGAUUUAAACUUGGAAAAAACCAAGCAUUAAGAUCAUUUUGAAGCAUGGCUAAACUUUCAGAAAAUGAUCUAAAUGACUUUUUGAACCCAGGAGCUGUUUGCAUCAAGCCAGCUGAAGUAAAAAAGUCGGAAAAAAGUCAUGAAGAUAACGAAAUUCAAGUUCAAGGAAACUCUUAUUUCGAAGUUACCAAAGAUACAGGAGAGUCGAAGGAAUUAGAGGUAGCGAGCAUCUCAUUGAAUGAUUGCUUGGCUUGCAGUGGAUGCAUCACUUCGGCAGAAACGGUGUUGGUAAAUUUGCAGUCAUAUCAGGAAGUGCUGAAACAAUUGGAUGCCAGAACAGACGACCAAGAGUUAUUUUACGUUUCUUCAAGUCCCCAGGUACGUGCAAACUUGGCUGCAUAUUAUGGUCUGUCGUUACAAGAAAUGCAAGAUGUUUUGGAAAUGGUCUUUGUCGGGAAACUGGGAUUCUGUACCGUGUUGGAUACGAAUGCAGCUCGGGAAAUUGUUUUACAGCAGUGCGCAUUGGAGUUUUGUGAGUCAUGGAAGCAAAGACAACAAGAAAAUUCAUCUGAAAAUGGAAGUGAGAAAGCUAUUGGUUUGAAUUCGUCCGACCUACAAAAAGACUCCAUAAAUAAUGUCGCCUCUUCAAAGCCGGAUGCACAUGCAAAGUUGCCAAUGCUGUCAUCAUCUUGCCCAGGAUGGAUUUGUUACGUUGAGAAAACACACUCAGCACUCAUUCCGCACUUAUCUCGAGUACGUUCACCACAACAAGCAUGUGGACGUCUACUCAAAGAUUGGGCGAGCAAACAAUAUUCAUUGGAACGCAAGCAAGUUUGGCAUUUGAGCCUUAUGCCUUGUUUUGACAAAAAGCUAGAAGCAAGUCGUGAUGAGUUUUCCGAAGAUGGUGUUCGAGACGUGGAUGCUGUAUUGACACCAAAAGAGAUUGUUGAGAUGUUCAAGUAUUUGGAUUUGGAUCCAAGAAGCAUCGUAAAGAACAGGAUUCCCUACAAAAUAUCGAAUGAGGUGUUACCAGCUUGGUAUCCACGAUUGACGUUUGAAGAACAGGGUGGCUCUAGCUCUGGUGGAUAUAUGAGCUACGUUAUGUCUUAUGCAGCUGAAAUGCUCUUUGGUAUUCAUGAUGCUAACUCAUUCGUUACAAAGGUUGACCAAAACGGUGAUCUAACCGAAUACAUAUUACGAGAUCCUCGAAGCGAUGAAACUUUGUUGACAAUGUCUACCUGCUAUGGGUUUCGAAACAUUCAGAAUUUGGUACGCAAAGUGAAUGGGAAGAACUCCAAUCGUCGAGGACAAGUAUUACUGAAACGGAGGAUGAAGAACGAUUCUCAGAAAAUACAACAGAGGAAUCGACAGUAUGACUAUGUUGAGGUUAUGGCGUGUCCAGGAGGCUGUAUCAAUGGAGGUGGUCAGCUUCCAUUUCCCUCUGGUGAACGGAUUUUGGCCAGUCGGGAAUGGAUGAACCAAGUGGAAUCUCUGUACUAUUCUCCUGGUAAAAAAGAGGUUGAUCGUUCUUUUGUAAAUGAUAUUCUUGAGCAAUGGAUUCGAGAUCCACAGCUGGCUCCAAAUUAUUUGCAAGCGACCUACCGAUCAGUGGAAACGGAUUUGUCUAAUCCCUUAUUGCUGGCCAAUAAGUGGUAAAAAAAAAAAUAACAGAACAUCUGUUAAUUUUUGGGGAUCUAGGAUGUGGGAAUGAUUUAAUGAUUAUUAAUAGUAUAAGGAUUGAAGCAUCAUAUUUUUUAUAAAAGUGUGUAGUAAAA